AUGAAAACCUUCUCUGCAGCGCACGCCCUUGUCCUUGCCACGACAGCAGGACAAGGUCUAGCUGCCGUCAAGCAGGGCAUCUCCGACAGCAUUUACAACCGCCUAGUGGGGAUGGCAACCAUCUCUCAGGCUGCUUAUGCGGACCUGUGCAACAUCCCAGCAACAAUCACCACAGUGAACAAGAUAUACAACCCCCAAACGGACAUCAACGGAUGGGUCCUCCGCGACGAUACCCGCCGUGAGAUUAUAACCGUCUUCCGCGGCACGGGUAGUGGUAAGAACCUGGACCUCGACACCAACUACACUCUCGCGGCGCUGGACACACUUCCUAAAUGCACUGGUUGCGCAGUGCAUGGUGGAUACUAUCUUGGAUGGCUCUCCGUCCAAGAUCAGGUUGAAUCCUUUGUUCAACAGCAGGCCAAAAACUAUCCAGACUAUGCAUUGACAGUGACGGGUCAUAGCCUAGGUGCAUCCAUGGCAGCAAUUACUGCCGCCCAGCUCUCCGCCACAUAUGGAAAUAUCAGCCUGUACACCUUCGGCGAACCGAGAACCGGUAACCAGGCCUAUGCGUCGUACGUCAAUCAGGCAUUCAACACGGGCAGCCCGGAGACAACCCGCUUCUUCCGGGUCACUCAUGCUAACGACGGCAUCCCAAACCUGCCCCCGGUCGAACAGGGCUAUGUCCACGCCGGAGUCGAAUACUGGAGCGUGGACCCCUAUAGUGCGCAAAACACGUAUAUCUGCACCGGCAACGGGGCCCAGUGUUGUGAAGGUCAGGGCGGACAGGGAGUGAAUGAUGCCCAUGUUACUUACUUUGGGAUGGCGAGUGGAGCUUGUUCAUGGUAG